CACAACACACAGAUGCAGCUGAAACCAUUCCUCAUGCUUCAAGACUGCCACAAUCAGAAAGAAACGGGGGAAACAGGCACAUCCAAACUCUCAGACUUACAUUCACUAUUGGGAUUGGGAAUCAUGUCUCUGGAAGGCAAGGAAAAGACAGAGGUGCGAUUGGUGUUCAUGGGAGCGGCAGGUGUUGGGAAAACAGCCCUGAUUAAACGUUUCCUACAAGACAGCUUCGAGCCCAAACAUCGGCGGACGGUGGAGGAGCUCCACAGCAAGGAGUACGAGGUGGCCGGGGUCAAAGUGACCGUGAACAUCAUGGACACGAGCGGGAGCUACUCCUUCCCGGCCAUGAGGAAGCUCUCCAUCCAGAACGGAGACGCCUUCGCCCUGGUCUACUCCGUGGACGACCCCGAAUCCCUCGAGGCCGUCAAGAGCCUGCGUGAGGAAAUCCUGGAGGUCAAGGAGGACAAGUUCACACCCAUCGUAAUAGUGGGCAACAAGACCGACAGACUGCACGAGCGAAGGGUGUCCGCGGACGACGUGCUGGCGAAGGUGGAGAUGGACUGGAACAACUGCUUCCUGGAAGCCUCGGCCAAAGACAACGAGAACGUGAUGGAGGUGUUCAGGGAGUUGCUCCAGCAAGCCAACCUCCCCAGCCGCCUCAGCCCGGCCUUGCGUCGUCGCAGGGAGACCAUUCCCAAAGACAAGGGUCUGCGGCCGCCCAUGAACAAGGCCAACAGCUGUUCGGUCUCCUAACGCCCGCGAGAAAAAGACAAGCAAGGAUGGCAUGGGUCGAGGUUCUCCUCGAUGAUGUGGAAGGCUCUUUUAAGGCGAAGACGCUUUUGUUACAUAGCGAAACUUCCCAUAAUCCCGCUUCCAAAAUCAGCAUCCACCGCAGUGAUGAAGGGAAAAACGAUUUCAGAGAAAGGGGAGGAUGAUCAAAAGACAAUGAACUGUUGCGUUUGUGCACAGAAUCUGUUGAAUGUGUUGACCGUGAAGUUCAGUUGUGUGAUCCGUGUCGUCGAUUCUAUCGUAUACGUUAAAAUAUUCCAACUUUAAUGCUAAAGCAUUGCAAUUUAGCAAUGUCAUAAAUGUUUAUUAUCAUAAUUUGACUGUAUGACAUUCAUUGGUUUACAAAUCAUUGCACUAAGUUUUAAGGUCACUGUGUUCAUUGUUCAGUUGCAUAUACCAGCACUUUUAUUCUGUCGAAAACUCGUAUGAUGCACUGAUGUCUUUUUUUUGUAACUUGUUAAAGAAAAAUAAAUAACUAAUUGCUGA